AUGUCUACCUUCCAGGCAGUCAACACGACGCUGUCGGUCCCAGACCCGCCACUAGGACGUGCUGGCGACGAGACGACGCCCACCACGCCUCGACCCAACAGCAGGUUCUUCACAGACCCAAAGCCCGUCGACGAGGUUCGCGCUGAAGACCCCUCGGCAAAGACGCCCACGCGCAAUAGCUUCGCCGGUAUGGCGGGUCAACGACCACUGCCUUCGUCGCCCUUUACGUCCUCCCGGGAACUGAGUGAAACCCCGUCGAACAAAAGCGAUCUGAGCAGGGAGAACUCGCAUCGCUCCACACAGUCGAGCGCCUCGCAGCAAGACGUGCAAAUGGGUGACGGCGACGAGGACGACAAGGAUGGCUCCGACAACGAGAGCGUGACGAGCGAUACAAACAGACCCUCGAAGAAGAAAAAGGGCCAACGCUUCUUCUGUACCGAGUUUCCGCCCUGUAACCUAAGCUUCACGAGAAGCGAGCAUCUAGCGAGGCAUAUCCGUAAGCACACCGGCGAGCGGCCUUUUCAGUGCCACUGCUCUCGACGGUUCUCCCGCCUCGACAACCUUCGACAACAUGCGCAGACCGUUCACGUCAACGAGGACAUUCCGGCUGAAUCGCUGGCUGCUACUGGCACCAGGUUUCAGAGGCAGAUACGGACCGAUCGCGUACGACCACCAGGGAACCGCUCCAGGGCCAACACACUGGGCAGCACGUCAGGACACAGUAGGGGCCAUAGCAGGAACCUGUCGGCAUCCAGCAUAACCUCCACCAUCUCGAGUAUGAGCGUAGCCCAGUCUCCAGAUAUACGCCGACGGCCCCCACCCCUUGCCAUAGCGAGCGACGGCGGUCCAAGUGCAAGGGCGCGCUUAUCGCUCAACACCAUGGAUGCCUACAACCCGCCGCUGAUGGGCAGCCCUGGGCCACAAAUCGUCGACUACGACACGCAGUCUAACGCACCCACCACUCCCAUUUCCGCUACCUUCUCCACCACCACAGGCAGCCCAGCCCGGUUUGGGUCCGCUAUGCAGUCUCCCGUAUCGUCAUCCAGGCCCGUGUCUUGGGCUGGGCCACCACCCCCAGGACGUCGCAUGUCCAUUUCCUCCACCAGUAAUCCAUUCUCGGGGCCACCAGGACAAGGCCCCCCUGCCUACAUGACGCCUCUACAAUCCUCUACCGCCUCGACCUUCUCGGGUCAAAGCAGCAUAUAUGCUAGUCCCACAGGAUCCCAUUUCCCAGAAUCGAGAAGAGAGUCCAACGCAGAUGCAGAUUGGCGGAGACGUACAUGGCAUCCAGGAACGUAUACAGGCCCUCGACCAGCCACCAGUGGUCUUGGCUACCAUCAGACGCCCGAUGCCCCACGCCCGUCGUAUACCUCACAGCCUGCCGCCUCGCAGGCCACAAGACUUCCUGGCAUCGAAAGCUUCGACUAUGCGCCUCCUCCACCGUCCCUCCCUCGCCGCCAGCCAAGCCCCAUGCAAGUCGACGCUCCAGCCCGUCCUCUCACCUAUCACGCACCAAUUGACCAUACGCCGAGUAGAGGUCACGAGAAACGCACGAGUAUUUCUUGGGACAUUGACCGCCUGAAAAUUGCCAGCCAUAAUCCUCCGCGAGAGCAGUGGGGCCGCUAUUCCGGCAACUCUGGACAAGCGAGCACUGGACGGCCCACGACUGCACCACACGGCUACUUUAGUCAGCGCCAAUCUCCGAAUGUUCCUCAACCAAUACAAAUUCCUCAGGCGGCGUCAUCACCCAGAACCUCACAAGAGCAGCCCGUAACGCCUCGGAAGAACAAACGACAAGCUUGGUACAAUGGCCCUCUCGCCCAAUCGCAACAAGCCCUGCAGCGCACGUCUCCCGAGGACUCAAGCAGUAGUGAGGGCGUCCCAACGCCUGGAACUAUGGCUGAAUAUCAUCCUGCAAUCAUGCAUAGUAACGGCCACGUCGAGGCCAUCGCCCCCGGGGCUCCUCUAGAAGAGUACAAAACUGGCCCUGCGGCGUCCAUAAUGGACAGACCUCAUCCGUUGCACUCGCAGCAAUACCAGCCGUACCACAGCCAUAGCCUGUCAAACUCAAGCUACCGUCCGCAGCGCGAGCCGGAAAGAGGACCAGUCACCUUCGGUCAGCCUUUGCCUCAACCAGGCGCAAACGAUAUGAGACGGCUGGAAGCGCUUGUUGCUGUUGCUACUGGUGAACAGCAAGCGGUUGAGAACCGCUCUUAG